AUUCCUUUUCUAGCACCAUUUUGUGAUGAAUGGGACGACAGCAGAAGGGUAGAGUCGCGGAUUAAAGUAUAUAGGUGAUAAUUCAGAGAAGAUAUUGUCUUGUUUUUUAGUCCUUUAGAAAAUAUUUAGAAGAGGGACGGAAGUUGUAACACUUAAACACCAGAUAGAGAAGUUUUGAGUUGGUAAUAGUCGAGUGAGCGACGCGCUAGCUACAAGGCUAACAGAUCUGCCCUGAAUCAGUCAUUCAGAGGAAAUACUGGAGAGAUCCCAACAAGUCUGAAGAAUCAUGAGUGCCCCUUCUUCUCAAAAAGUCGUGCUGAAAAGCACCACCAAGGUGUCCCUGAAUGAGCGCUUCACAAACAUGCUGAAGAACAAGCAGCCGACUGUGACUAGCAUCCGGGCUAGCAUGCAGCAGCAGAACACGGCCAGCGCACGGAACCGCCGCCUCGCCCAACAGAUGGAGAAUAGGCUCUCUGUGCAGGCUGCCCUGCAACACAAACAGAGCCUAAAGCAGCGACUUGGGAAAAGCAACAUCCAGUCCAGAUUGGGUCGGCCCAUUGGCCCGUUGAUGCGGGGCGGCGCAGGAGGGCGGGGUUUUGUCGGAGGAAUGCGAGGAGCUGGACGAGGACUGCGGGGAAGAGGUAGAGGUGGAGUUAUGAGAGGAUCGCUUUCUCUUAGAGGUGUAGGUCAGAUGCGUGGCAGGGGUGGUCCUGGGCGCAUAGGUCUCCGUCGAGGUAUGCGUCAGCGUGGUGGAGGCGGAGGACGAGGUGCCGCUAUGAUUGGCCGAGGAGCAGCACGUGGAGCAUUUGGUGGAAGAGGUCGUGGGGGUUUGAGAGGUCGUGGAGGGUUUGCUGGAAGGGGCCGUGGACGUGGCAGAGGCAGAGGAGUAGGUCGUCCAGUUGUCACACGUGAGCAGUUGGACAACCAGCUUGAUGCUUACAUGUCCAAAACCAAAGGCCAUCUGGAUGCUGAGCUAGAUGCAUAUAUGGCCCAGGCAGACCCAGAGAGCAUGGAGUAACCACAGCUGAGAAGGAGAACACGAUCUCCAAAGAUCUGCAGAUCAUAGACUGAUUGAAAAGUUACAGUGUAACCUGUAUUCUCUUGGACAUUCAGACAUCAACCUCUCAAGGCAUCUGUACUUCAAAGUCAUAGAUCCAUCCCAUGUAUUUUUUGCAUCUGACAAACCUUAAUAUCAUAAAGAAAGAUUCAUGACUUUGACUAAAUAGCCAGGUCAACUGAAAACCUAAUAGAUUAUUUGAAACGGUCAUAAUGAUUUUGUGUUCUGAUGAAGAGAUUGAACAUUAUACUUUUGUCGUUUUGUUUUUUGGCUACUCUUGGAAACUAACAAACCCAGUACUUGAUUGAUCUUUGGGAGGAAAAGAAAACUGAAAUUGAUCCAACACUCGCCGAGCUCGAACUGUGAACUGUAACCUGAGGACAUUUGAUCAGAUCGUGUUGAAAUGUUUUAUAUAGACAACGUUUUCCUGACUUUUAAGUUCUAUAAAUGUCAUUCAUUACCUUUUAUUGUAAUUGUAUUUUUAUUAUGUUUUAGAACUUGAGCAAACAAGGUGUAACUCGUUACCAUGUCACUUUUUGGGGGGGGUCACAUGAAUGUCAUAAAAGAUAUCUUUAAAAUUUCUGUAAUCUGCA